AUGAACAAGUUCGGGUCUCAGACCAGUACCUACAAUAGGCUGGUGACCGUUUUUGUGGCCAUUGGUUCUAUGACCUAUGGCUACUGUGCUUCCAUCAUCGGCAGUACUAUCGGCCAACCAGGAUGGUAUAGUUACUUCAAUCUUCCCGCAGAGGGUGAACCUGGCUACGCAGCUAUCACAACACCCGCCAUCUCGACUGCCAAUGGUGUCUUCAGUGGCGGUGGUGCAGUCGGCACCCUGUUCAUGAUGUGGGCUUGCGACCAAUUUGGCCGAAAGGUUUCUAUUCAAUUGGGCGCAUUUUUCGCUCUCUUUGGUGGAGCUCUUCAAGCGGGUGCGAAUUCUCUAGAUAUGUUCCAAGCUGGCAGGUUCUUGUGCGGUCUCGGAAUCGGAAUUCUCGUCACCGUUUGCCCAAUGUACCUUUCGGAGAUGUCGAGCCCUUUGCGUCGAGGCUGGUUGGUCGGCCACCAUGCGAUAUUCCUUGUAUUCGGAUAUAUGCUUUCGGGAUGGGUGGGCUUCGCGUGCUAUUACGCUGAGAAUAUUCCUGCGUUUGGCUGGAGAUUCCCUCUGGCUCUUCAAUGUCUUCCACCCUUGGUCCUGCUUUCCGGCUCCCCAUGGCUUCCCCGCUCUCCUCGUUGGUUGAUUUCCAAGGGAAAACUUGACGAGGCUCAGCAGGUGCUUCAGCGUCUGCGCGAAUCCCCCGAUGACCCUGACAACCUUGCCGCCAAGGAAGAGUUCUUCCAGACUAAAGAGCAAAUUCGCCUUGAGGCUGAAAAGAUGACAGAGUACGGUAGUCCCUGGGUGGCUGUCAUCAAGAAGAAAUCGUACCGCAAGCGUAUGAUCAUUGGGUUCCUUACACAGUGGGGAGCAGAGUUUGGUGGCCCUCUCAUCAUUAAUAACUAUGCUGUUCUUUUGUACACCAAUCUUGGUAUGAAGGACGGUAUGCCUUUGCUUCUGAGCGCUAUCUGGCUGACAACGGCUGGCCUGAUCUACAAUCCGCUGGGUGCUUGGCUCCACGAUCGCGUCAACUCUCGCCGAGGCAUGUACAUCACCGGCUUCAUUGGAAUCAUCGUUACCACGUCGUGCCUCGCUGCUAUGACCGCUGAGUACGCCGGAACAACCAACAGGGUUGGAAAUGCCUUUGGCAUCUUGUUCAUCUACCUUUACCUGGCUUUCCAAGGCACUUUCUGUGACACGACGAUGUACCUUUAUGUCUCGGAAAUAUUCCCAACCGAGAUCCGUCCCAUUGGCAUGGGCUUCUCGUUGUUCGGCCAGUUUGCGGCAACUCUCAUCCUCCUCGAAACUGCCCCUAUGGGUUUCAAUAAUGCUGGCUGGAAAUACUACCUUGUUAUUAUCUGCUGGUCGGUGGUCUUCGUUCCCGUCAUCUACUUCUUCUUUCCGGAGACUGCUCGUUUGACCCUAGAGGAAAUUGCCCAGAACUUCGGCGAAGAGGUUGCCGUUCAUCUCACAGAUGCAACUGACGAAGAAAAGGCCAAGCUUGAUGAGAAACUUGCUCAUUCUGGUGGCGGGCUAUUUGAGUCAUCGGAGGCACCGAUUGCUCCAGUAUCCGACGCCGAAAGCAAAGAACCAAAGGCAGUUUGA